AUGUUCAAAAUUGAAUCCUACAUCACACCCAUCAUCCUUAGCUACGUGGACAAGUACGUGAAGAACAUCCGUCCCGAAGACUCGCAGGUAUCGCUAUGGGGUGGCGAGGUAAUGUUUCAAAAUCUCGAUCUAAAGCUCGACGUCCUCGAGGAGGAACUGCAACUACCGUUCAACUUUCUGUCCGGCCACAUCCACGAGCUCUCGAUACGCGUACCGUGGACGAAGAUAGCAUCCGAACCGAUAGUCAUUACGAUCAACACCAUCGAGUUUGUGCUGAAGCUACGGGACACCAAUGACCGGAACCUGCCCAAGAAGGAUCCCCUGCGGAAGGGGAAAAGCACCGAAGAGGCCCCUCCGCCCGGCUAUAUGGCUUCGCUGAUAAGCAAAAUUGCGAACAACAUCACGAUCCGAUGCCAUAACGUGAUACUGAAGUACGUGGAGGAAGACAUCGUGGUGUCGAUGAACAUCCAGCAGCUCUCGAUGGAAUCGGCCGACUACCUAUGGAAUGCGGCUUUUAUCGAUCUGUCGCCGACGAAGGUAUCUCUGCGGAAGCUGAUCAACAUCGUCGACCUUACGAUCUGUUUGGACAAACGAAACUCGGCCGGCAAAAUCGAGGUGUGCCAAGAACCGGUCCUGUACCGCAGUACGUUAGAGGUGCGUAUGCUGGUACGGUACAACAUUUCAUCGCAGGACCGCUCAUCGCUGACGCGGAUCGAUGUACACUCGAAGUUCCUCGACAUCAACGUUUCGUCACAGCAGUUCCCCAUGUUGAUGCGUUUGUUCGAUCUGGCACUGGCACUGAAGCAGGGAAAGAUCAAAACCGAAGCCACUCAACCUGCGUCCGACGGGGGUCACGAGUUGGAGGAUGAAGCGGGUCAGGAAUCGCUUAUUUCGUGGGCCUGGAACUUGUUGCCUUCCUUCUUUCCCGAGGAGAACGAAAGCGAUCAUUCGGAGGAGCAUGACUUCCGGAUACUGCACGCGGGCGUGUAUAUCGAUCAGCUGCGAAUGAUCUUCAAAACACAGGAACUCAUUGGCGACGGUCUCGUGGGUACGACCAAGAAGAUCAAGUACAGCCCGAUACUGCACUUUGAUUUUCACAAUUUCUACGGUGAAAUGAUCGCUUGCGGCAUGAAGUGGUUCAACGUUACCCUCGGCAUUUCGCGCGUCCAAGUCCAAUCGCUGGAAGACUGCCCUUGCGGGCAACGGGUAUCGGUCAAAGAAAUCUUCACAUCGACGGAACCCGUACCAGCCAGUGAGGAAUGUCUGCAUUUGCAGAAUUCGUUCUUCAGCGAUAGCUCGGGAGGUAGUCGGAAGUACAACGUAAAUUGGAACUACCACUUGAGCACCUUCAAUCAGGAGUAUUUGCUACAAAAAUCACCGGCCAUCGCGAUCGACAUCAUCCACGAGGUGCAACUGCCGGACGAUCGGCGAACGUCGGAGUUUGGAAGCGAUCUGGAGUUUAGUAAUCUUGCCGAGAAGUACAUGAUUCGGGCGUAUGUCGGGAAGUUUCGAGCCGUACUCUGUGCCGACACAAUCCAUCGCUUCAGGACUCUGGCUUCGUAUAAGGACUUUUACGAAUAUUCACCAUAUUACGAGGAGAAACCAAUGCCGACGUUGCCACAGCUGCCACCUCCAUCAGCCGAAGAUUACGACGCGCUGAUGAGUGAGAUUCCACUGCGCCAGAUUCACAUAACAUUGAAGAACCCUAUCAUCGAGCUACAUUCCUUCGAUCACGGAACGGACCAGCGAUUGAUCGUAUCCCGCAAGCAAAGCAUCGGGAAACAGGCACCACUCUCACGUCCAUCACUGCGCCUGGAGCUGAAUCGCGUAGAGUGUAACAUUCUGACCCCACUGUACCCGAAUCGGCUGGUUUUUACCACCUGUCAGCUACCGGAACCACCGGCCAAGCUGUUCGAUGCGUGCUAUCAAUCGAUUUCGGGAAACUUGGAACGGUUGCAGGUGAAAUUGUUACAUCCCUUGGAAGAGGUCUCUGAAGCAACCGUCUGCUCCGCGGUCAGCAUGAACUUUCAGCAACGCGUUCUUAUACAUCCGACCCUAUGGCCCAACCCGGAGCUUAACAAAGUGGAACAAAAUGUAACCGUUACCGACCUGAAAGCAAUCGCCAACCCACUGCAGGCGUUAACCGUCGCCUCGAUCGUCCAGUCAUUGCUAGCACAAGAAACCGCCGCACGGAGCUACAUCGAUUUAGAAAACAUUCCCGCAGAAACUUCGCUGCCCCAACAAUCGUUGCCGACUGCAGAUUUGCUGCUUUCGUAUGUUCACCUCCGGAAGGUGGAAGCAGAACGUACCGAGUGCUUCAAGCUGGUCGCUCGUAGCCUGAAGCUUCUCACGUACCAGGAGGCGAACGUUCGGCGAGAAAAAUCGCUUACCGCCCUCUGGCCCGACCAUUCCACAGAUGAGGACUUUCUGACGGUCAUCUUCCAGCUUCCCAAAUCGUUUGACUUCAGCAUCGAACAUCCACCACUGCUGUAUGCGAAGUUGUUGGACCUAAGCUUCAACUUGGAUCCGAACUUCCUCGCCUUUCUUACUCUCUGGCAACAGGCGGUGCUCGCUGAAUGGCAAACGUUUUCGGGCCAACGGACUCGAUUUACUUCCAGCUUGUCCAAGCAAUCGUUACACGCGCCGUCUGGAAGCAUCGGUAAGAAGCAACAUUCCAUAGCAGCAACCUCCGUCCAUUCGAACUCGGACAAGGCUGGUCGACCCACCGGUGGUCCUGUCGCAGUACCGUGUGCUACGUCGACACUAGGCGUUGAUGAAAUGGAUCAAAACGAAUCCAAUGUGAUGGAAGAAACCGCAAGAGCCCCGGCGGGAAAUGGAGAGUUUUGGACACGAUUGGCGAAGAGAAUCAUCUUUCACCUGGAGGUCAGCCACUUCACCGUGUGUCUCCCGGUGAGAAACAUAAUCUUCCACUCCACUGACACGCCUGAGGACGAGUUUGGUGAAAAUGAAAUAUUUAUGCUCAAACUUCCACUAAUCACCGUGGACUCCGCCUUCAAAUGUCAAACACUCUCCAGUUCGAUUACCCGGUUUCCGAUCAGCAUCGCCAAAAGUGUUUGGCCAUCGGAGAAAGACAGCUUCCCGUGGACGAUUUCACUGGCCAAUGCUUCGAGCUGGACGUACCAGCAUGGUGAAAUGAACAAGCUGCUGGACGAAACAACGACCAACAUUUCGAUGGUGCUCAAUUUUAAUUCCGAAACUGCCGCCACGGUCCCAUCGUCGGUCUGCUUCCACGUCGAUACGUCACCGUUUCGCCUAACGGUGCUUAAAGAGCAGCUGGCUCUAAUACGCGAUACGAUUGAUCGGCUGAUGUGCUUACCGAUGCUGCAGUCCCGGGUGUCAGCUAACGGCCGAGUGGCGGCCGGCGGCAGUGGCAAAACAGAGCCAAAGCAUCAGUUCCUCGAAAUUGCCCCACUCUCCGGUGGCAGCUCGAUCGCGGCGGCCGAUCUGAAGGAGUUUCUCGACCUAACGCACAACUCGAGCGGUGGCUCGGAAGAAACGCUCAAAGAUAAUACGGCGACAGGUGGGGAGCGUAGCCCAAUGCCGUCACUCUGGUUGCAGUGGACAUUCUCGAAGCUCACCGUAAGCUGUAUUACGCGCGACGAGCAGCACCGCGAGCGCAUCAAGCUGACGGUAGAGUUUGAGGACAUUAUUUACUCGCUCGACAAGCAGGAAGUGUACUCGCAGGUGAAGGCUAAAGUCGGUUCGAUGAGUGGUGCGUGUUACGAGUGGAGCGACACACCGGGCAAACCGGGCUGGUGUCGGAACGAGGCACUUGCGGUAACGGUCCAAACGGGCGACUCCAGUGAAUCGAGUAAAACGUCCGGCACCGAUACGUUCUUCAGCAUGACGGUCACCAGGGCGGAAACGCAAAAUGUCCACUCGAAGUGGGAUGCGGUAAAACGAUCGCGCGAGCACAACGAAACGUUGGUCGAAGUGUUGAUCAAAAUGGAGCAAAUCGAUCUGCGGCUUGACCUCGAAUUGUUGGGUGAAUGUUUGAAAAUGGUACACGCUUUCCGUGCUCCCGAUACCGGCGAGGAUGCUUCUAUUGCUGCGGCCAAUAACGGCCCACCGUCGUCCGUGGUUGGCGUCAAGGAUUUGCCGCUCAUCCUGUUUUCCAGCAAAGGAAUAACGGUGUUUUUACCUCUUCGUACACGGGCGCUCGAUAAAAGCGGUUCUUGUUCGGUGUACAUUCUGAAAGUUACCUCGAUCACCGUACACCAUAACGUAGAGAAUCCGAUCUGCCGUGUUCCGUUACGCCCGGACGUGUACACGAAGGCAGCCCAAAUGCGCAUCUUGAACGUGCCGGGCUCGAAGAUUGAGGAUCGCCAGUACGAGCUGCUGCUGAAAGAGAUCUCGCUCAGUACGGGUGUUUGGGAGGAUGUGGUACGCUACCUGCAGGAGCAGCAAUCGUCCACCACUCACCACGACAAUCCGGCCUUCGAGUGGAACAACCUUCAACAGGGCGUCCAGCGAAUGUCCCACUUCGAGGUGGUGACCGUUUUUAAGGAAUUCAAUUUUUCCAUCAUCUACGCACCGUGCAUCAUCUACAAGAACGUGCUGAUUUGCAGUCUGGCGAUGGAAUUGAACUGCAUGUCGGACCUACUGAUCGACGUGGAUCUCGAGCAGCUCGCGUUGGUGCAAAAACUCCUGCAGAAAGCGAACGAAAUCAAUGCGUUUCUGUUUCCGGCACCUAUUUCUCGGUCUUCAUCCAUCGUUACCACAAUCCCGUGCUCGAGAAGCAGUAGUGCCGUCGUUGAAACGGCCAGUGAACAGCAGAGCGCCGGCUCCGCGAAACCCUUCGUCACCGAGGAUGGUAGCAGGGAGUCGGUAAAAUCGUACCGCGACUCUGUCCCAUCCUCCGUUCACCGUCACCGCCGAACCAACUCAAAGCUAUCGAGAUGUGAGGAAGAUUCAGGGCUUGAAUCGUACCGCACGUCUGAUGGCAAACGACCUACUUCCAGUAGCAGUCGCCGCAGCGGCCAGCGUCAGCGCAAAAUUUCAUCCAUAUCAUCGGACAGCAACGCAAAAUCCAGCAACCGCAGCAAACCGUCCAUUGUCCAGCAAACGAAUCCGAUCAUCCCAUACGAGAUAUGUUUCCUCGGUGGCUACUUCAAGAUUAAUGUCCACGAGCGCGGUCGCACCGACGGACCGACACUGCGAUUGUCCUUCGCUCAACCGAACGCCCUAGUGUCGUUGAAUUUGCUCGAACGAGUGCUGCAACUUUCACUGUUCGAUGUAACGAUCGCGGUGGGUGAUGAAAAUAUCGUCCGGACCCUGGCUGGCGAACCGGACGAACUCGGCAUUCCGCAACCGUUCGUGAAAACUCGCUUCGUAAACAGUCACACCAAACGGAGCCGCGAGCUACGGGUUGCCUUUAAGAGGCCCAUCAAGUGUACCGUUUGUCCCGGUAAAACCACGCAGUUGAUCGAACUGGCGGGUGUUUUAGGCGAAAUUUUUAACCCUCCACUCGAUGCUCGCAGCGAUCGCGCGACGGGCACGGCAAGUCCACUGCCAAAACCAGUGCUAAGUAGAAACAAGUUCCGUCUGAUACGGUCACAGCUGUUUGAUGUCGAAAAAAUACAGAUCGAACUAGCACAAGUUAUGGUGCACUUGGUCAACGAAGAGGAUUCCGGUCAUCGCGCUCCUUAUAGCAUGAAAUUAUCGUUCUCCUCCGUGGAAUCUUCCAUCCGGAUACAAGAACGCCCCGAGCGGAUCGUAUUCAGCCUGGAUAUGGGCGAAUUGAUGCUCGCUGCAGGAACGUUCGUGAUACUGCACCCGUUUUCAUUCCAACUGCAACUGACGAUCGCGCAAGAGUACUGGAAGCGCGAUCCUCUGGUGCAAAUAAAGCUCAAGUCGUCCUACCUGCAGCUGGACUUGAGUCCAGAUUUGUUCACACAAGCAACAGUCAUUCGCCAGCAAAUGGAGCGCUUGCUGGUAGCUGGAGAGUCGAGCAAAAAGUCAUCCACCAACAACGAAGCGAAGUCGGUGCGUAGUGCCAAUAUGACGCCAAGUCGGGAGCUCCUCAUACCGAUCACACCACCACGCUUAGAAGACAAACGAUCGAAGGGAAUGCAGGAAGAACACUACCAGGAUGAUUUAAGGGCGGGCGCAUUCCAGUUUAUCGAAACGAUGAAGAUCAACGAGCUGCCGUUACCGUAUCAGAUAAAAAUCAUUAACCGUGACGUUGGCAUCAUUUGCUGGCGAUAUCCGCAACCGAGGGCACUACACCAAGUGAUCGUCUUUCCUGUUCCGAUGAAUACUACCAAAUCGGUGAACAUUCAGUGUAAGCUCGAGCACUACUCGGACAUUAAUGCAAGCUUCGUGGAGGUGUGUCAGUUUACGCUUUCGGAAAAUGAUAAAACAUUCCUCAAACUACCACAACGCAAGAUUGCCUCGGCCAUUUGGCGCAUCGUAAUGACGCAGAAUGUAGUUUACGAGGAAGGCUCUUUACGGACUGUCGAUGGUAACGAGGACCACGAUGUUGACGUCCGUGAGGCGCCUGGGAGUGGCCGUGGUUUAUUUAGCACCAUCACCGACGUGCUAUCCGAUAGCACGUACCUGGCGGGGCAGCGUGUGGUCAGUUUACCGUAUCGGCUUCAUCCGAAGAUUUUCGUUGCUUGCAUGCGCGUCGACUCAAUGUUCAGUGCCGAGCUCGUGCCAAACGUGGACUCCACCGUGGAUCUCAGCCCGGUGCAGGUGAAUUUGUUCAACUGCUUCCGGUUCGACACCCACCGGAAGCUACCGAAGCCGUUCGAGCGGUACCGCGUCUGUCGGGAGACGGCCGAAUUCGGUGCGCACAAGUUCAUGAUGCUGAAUGCCCGACGUAUGCGUGGCCAGUGUUCGAUUUACGACAGUUUGGACGUGUUUGUCAGUGCGGAGCUAAAUUUGCACUGCGAUUUGCUCGAUUACAAUCACUUCACGUUCGAGAACGUGGUGGAAGUGAGCAACCUGAAGGCGUACAGCUGGAUCUCGGACACCGCACUGGAGGUGAAAACCAUCUCCGACGAUAUCGUCGUACGGUACGGACCUUCGGUUGGCUACAAUCUUGCCGUUGCGCAACGGCUAUGGAAUGGAAGUGGAGAUGUAGCGGCACAGGAAGCACUCACACUGUACAGCAAGUACAUCGUGUGCAAUCGGACACAGGUGGUGCUAAAGUUCGGCCAAGUCGACACACCGGAGAUGAUCUUCCUCGCACCCAACGAACUGUGUCUCUAUGCGUUCCGAAGCUGCCGCCAUCGGCAGCAGUUGCAGAUUUACUUCACCGAGGGGACAACGCAAAUAACGACCGAACCGUUCGAUGUUUCCACCGAAGGGCUCCGUCAGGUGUCGGUGCAGUCCAUCUUCGAAGAAGACAUGGUUGACGAGCGGAUGCUACUCGUGCGCGUAGAAAGCCUUUCCUCGGGCACUCAGUGCAGCGUAACGAUCGAGGGGCAGAUCAGCUUCUGUAAUAUGACCGCACAGCCGUUACGCUUCCAAUAUCGUUACUACAAAAUCAUCCCGAACAGUGAGCGUAACUACACGGCGACCAGCUUCGUGGUCGGUCCGUCGGGUGACAGUCUAAAUCUGUUCGCUGCGGCCAACAAUCGCAACCAGCAAAGCAUCAACAUUGCGAUCGAAGGUGAAGCCGGCAAGGUUAGCUGGUCGGGUGACGUUCCGUUGCGGGAAAUCAUGAAUGGUGGUAUGAUGCCGUAUCUGGUAAAGGUGCCCAGUGCAACAAUCACUCGCGAAGGAUACCUCAGUUUUUGGGUUCGGAUCGUGCGCGAAAAGAUUACUGAAAGCCGGCAAUCCAACGCGGCCACCGGAGAGGCAUUGGAGCGGGUGCUGGUGAUCGUUUGGCCUUUGUUUAUGAUUGAAUCAUUCCUAACGGUUAACACGACGGCCUACGAGGAGAAGAUCGAUCGAACGUUUUCGGUGUAUGGGCAGGGACAGCGCCGGCAGCUCGAUCUCGCCGGGACCAACUCCGAUGAGCAUGAGCUCACGUUCCGAAUGGACUUUAACUCGCUGCACGGCGAAGACAAGCGCAAAGCAUUGCUAUCCUACCGGCUGAUCGAUGGCAAAACGUUCUUCCAGGUACCCGCUCGAUUACGUAGCGUUGAAGCAGCCCUCGCGGCACUGAAGGCUGCCCAAUGUGACAGCGGUUGGCCGUGUUCGCGUGAGGAAGAGCUGCGUUGCCGGCGAGAGAAUUCCAUUCAGGAGGCCACGUUUCCGCUCUACCACUGCUCGGCAGCGUAUGAAAUGUCCUGCUGCCUUAUGCUCAGCAUUGCCCCGUGGGCACUGUUCAUCAAUCAGCUCGGCUGCGAGGUGCGAUUACGGAGCGGCAACAGUAACGACACGAACAUCAUCGCCCCGAACAGCAUCAUCAUGCCGGUCCACGUGGAGACGGGCUUCACGCUCGAGAUGCAUGACGGUCUCAACCAGCAACUGCAGUCGGACUUCAUUUACAUCCAUGCACCGGAUGCGACGCAAAAGCAGACCGCUACCAGCUAUGCCGUCCUUCCGCUGGACGGCACGAUCGACAUCAGUAUUCGCAACGAAAGUGGAAUCAUGAAUCUAGUCCUAGCUUCUAUCACUGAACACAAGACACGGGUUUUCAUCUUGGCGUCUCAGUUUGUGGUUACCAACAAUUCUAGCAUCGAUCUGCAUUGCUGGUCAUUUGCACUGCCUGCUAACGAACGGAUCGACCAGCUAAAACUGACCAACCCAGGACCGCAUAGUUGCUGCUACAGUCUUCCAAAAAAUGUCCCCAAAUGUGACAAUCCCAGGGGCAGUGUGAUAACGAUGUUUAAUAAUAUCUCGCAACGCAAAGCGAAGAUCAAACCGAGUGCUGGUUUCAACCACUACCUGGCGGUGUACCAACGGCGCGAAAAUGGAAGCGACUUUUCGGCACCCAUCUUUCUCAACAAACUCGUUCAGAGGAAAUCGUUCAGCGUGCCGUUCGAGGGUCGCAAUCAUCCGCUGUCGCUGUCGAUCAUAAUGCACCAGGGCCAAUCGUAUUUGUCGAUCUUCGACGACCCCUGCCCAUCAUACGCCAUCGAGAAUCGCACGGAUUUCCACAUCUAUGUCGCACAAUCGGAUACGGUUCAGCCGAACAAGGCAGCGGCAGCCGUUCCUGAAGUUCUGGACUCUAAUUUUACAUGGUACCAGACGGUAGGAUCACGCCAAACUAUCUACUACACGCCCCCAUCGCUGGACGAACUGUUUCCGGAGGCGCAGGAAACGCAGGAACUGGCGCUCAUCUUUGCCUGCGUUAGUGGUAGCGCUAUCCGAUGGUCGCAUCCCGUCAAGACCGAUGAAAACAAGAGCAUCUUUCUGAACAUCCCGCUUUACGGUGAUUUGAAGCUGGCGGUGCGGGUACGCAACCGUACAACACAUCUCGUGAUUGAUUACAUCAGUGAGGAUUUGGAGUUUUCGGCCAAAGACAUUCGAACGCGGCUUUCGAAUCCCAUACGACCGGAACCGCAGCCGCAGGGGGAAGCUUCAGGCCACAAAUCGUUCGUCGAUCCAACUCCGACCGAUUUCGAUCAUCUGUCAGUUUCUUCCGAGAUUCCGAAUGCUCACAGCGGGCAGCUUGCGGAUGAGAAAACGGUUCAGGUUCAGAGCUUCUUUCGAUCGCUGAUGAUCACACUGUUCCACGAUCGACCGGAACGCGGUUGCCACAAGAAGGACGUAAUUUCGUUCAAUUUCGAUCGAAUUGGUGUGCGGCUGGAUCGAAAUGCAGAGUCGUCCGGAAAAGCAGGCGGAAGCAAAGCCGUGUUGAAUUGUGUCAACAUUCAGAUAGACAACGAGUUGCACACCGAUGGCGAGUACGACUUUCCCGUUGUUCUGUGCAGCGAAGAUCACGAGGCAAAGCAACGGAAGUGUGUCGUUGCUCAGCUUCCGAACCACUAUCGGUUGGAGGAUCAUCUGGAGCAGCUGGCACGGGUUGCCCUCUGCACGCUCGAGUGCGAGCUGGCAAAUGAGCAGUGGACAAGUGUCGAAGCAGUGCGCCUGAAAAUCAACCCAAUUCGUGCGUACAUCGAAGACACGUACAUCAACGUUCUGGUCGACUAUCUGGUCGAGUGUCUGCCGGCGGAACUGUUGCAAGAACCUGAUAGCGCACUGCGGAAUCCCCGAGUGCGGUGCGAGCGAGGCGAAACCCUAAUACCACGGGUGGUGCUCCAGCAGGCGUUGUACCUAGCGGAACCGAUCAAGUUCCGCACCAUUCGUAUCGAGCCCCUCAACGUGCUGCUGUCGGUACACGCUUGCAUGCGGCUCUACAUCGCCCUCGACCACAGCCCCCUUGAGUUCGCUGCAUUCGAGCGACGCGCCAUUCGGACGCUUCCGAUCAAGUUUGGUAAUGCGGUCGGCAUGCACUACCUCUCGGGUGCCAUCUUUGGCGGCGGGUGGGUGAUCGGAUCGCUUGAAAUUCUGGGCAGUCCCAGCGGAUUAGCCAGGUCGGUCACGAGCGGCUUGCGUGACUUCGUGUCCUUACCCGUGCAGGGUUUGUUCCGUGGUCCGUGGGGAUUCCUGGUGGGCGUAACGCAUGGAUCUGCUUCAUUGAUUCGAAACAUCACCGCCGGAACAGUGAACUCAGUAACAAAACUGGCCCAAUCGGUAUCCCGCAAUCUGGACCGUCUCACGCUCGAUACGGAGCAUGUCCAGCGCACGGAUGCACUGCGUCGUCGUCGUCCACAAGGGAUGACCGAUGGUUUUACCCAAGGUCUAACCGGGCUGGGCAUUAGUUUGCUCGGUGCGGUCGGCGGUCUGGCACAUCAUCCCCUGCAAGCCACGAACCCGAUCGGUGUGGUUACCGGCGUCGGCAAGGGUAUCGUCGGUGCAUUCACCAAGCCGAUUAGCGGUGCUGCGGAACUGGUGGCGCUCACUGGCCAGGGAAUGCUUCACAGUGUGGGCUACAAUACGUUACCAACGCCCAAGCUCGCACGUCAAACACUGCAACCACUCGAACCGGUCUCCCAUAAAGCGCUCUGGGAACCGCAUGCGGCCUGCGAAGGAUCACUUCUGUUCACCGUGCAGGCCACGCUCUGCACGGCGUCCGGUGAAUAUCGUCUCGUUUUGGUGGCGAUCUACAGUAAGGCUCUCGUGCUGUACGACGUGCACGACUGCCAACUGGUGGAAGUGCUUGACCUGAAAACGGUAUUCUUCGUCGACACGGACGAAGAAAGCGAUUCGACACGCCUAACCAUCCGCGUUCGACCAAAGCUUCCUCCGCCGUCCUCGUUCGAUCAAUAUCCCAUUUCGAGCCGCACGUACGAUUUCGUGCGGGACUCGACCAUGCAACUGCCACGCAUUGCUGGACCUACCCUCCAGCAUUAUUUUAGCAAAGUACCGGUCAAAAGUGGACGGGUCCGGCCCCAAGGGACGGAUGCAGUUCCACAAUCGUCCAGCAAACCACGCGAAAAACCGGAAGGGAUGCUACUGGGAGUGGCUGCCGAUGGUGGCCCAGCGAUCGAUCCGAUCAAUGAACGACGAUCAUCCGUCAUACUAGACGUGGAAUCCGUGAACGAGGAAGACCAGUCGGGUGUACGGGGUCUGAACGAUGGUACGGAUUCAACCAUUGAAGCCGAUGAUAACGAAGCACAAACAUCUGAUAAGUCCGUCCUCGAUGAUAGCGAAAGAAGGGUGGUCAUUUUCUUGGAUGAAAACCUAGUCAAGUAUCUGAUCACUUACGUGAACCUACUGAAGCGAUCAUCCGAAAGCCAGUCUACGAUCGGUAGUGAUGGACGGUGCGGCGAGGAACGUGUGGCCUUCCAACCGUUUGAUUACUAG